AUGGAGGACAGCAACAGCACGCCGUCCAUCUCCAGCACACAUCCUGGCUUCAUCUACGACGAGGGGGUGACUGUUGCGUCCACCAUCUUCCCUCGGGUGGGCUACAGUAUACUGGCUUUCCUCAUGUUCAUCAACACAGUGUUCUCGGUGUUCAACAACAGUCUGGUGAUAACCGUGAUGCUGAGGAACCCGUCUCUCCUGCAGCCCAUGAACGUGUUAAUCUUCAGCCUCGCAGUGUCUGACCUCAUGAUCGGCCUGUGCGGAUCUCUGGUCGUCACCAUUACCAACUACCAUGGGCAUCUCUUUAUCGGACACACAGCCUGCAUCUUCCAGGGAUUUGCAGUAAAUUAUUUUGGUCUGGUAUCUCUCUGCACUCUGACGCUGCUUGCCUACGAGCGUUACAAUGUGGUGUGUAAGCCCAGAGAGGGUCUGAAGAUGAGCAUGCGGAGAAGCAUUGUCGGCUUGCUACUUGUCUGGUUCUUCUGCUUGUUUUGGGCGGUCGCUCCUUUAUUGGGCUGGAGCUCCUACGGACCUGAGGGGGUCCAGACAUCCUGCUCUCUGGCCUGGGAGGAGCGGUCGUGGAGCAACUACAGCUACCUCAUCCUCUACACACUCCUCUGCUUCAUUUUGCCUGUCAUAAUCAUCAUCUACUGCUACUGCAAAGUGCUCAAAUCCAUGAACAAGCUGAACAGGAGUGUGGAGAUGCAGGGUGGGCGUUCCAGCAAGAAGGAGAAUGACCAUGCCAUCACUAUGGUCCUGGCCAUGAUCUCUCUUUUUUUUGUGUGCUGGCUGCCCUAUACGGUGCUGUCAGUGGUGGUCGUUGUGGAUCCGGAGCUUUACAUCCCUCCUCUGGUCGCCACCAUACCCAUGUACUUUGCUAAAACCAGCCCUGUCUAUAACCCUAUCAUCUACUUCCUUACCAACAAGCAGUUCCGUGACGCCGCUCUGGAGGUGUUGUCGUGCGGUCACUUCAUACCUCGCGCUCACACUGAUGUCAGCAUCAACAUGCAGACCUUGAACAGGAGGAGCCGGCUGACUGCCUUGAGCACCAACUCGCACAGCAGGGUGUUGCCUCUGUGA